UUACACAGAGACGGACGGCGGUAGGCAUCGGAGGAGGGGGAAGACACCGUGUAUCUGCCGGCCGAAAACUGCUUUUCCAGCCUCCUCUGAGGAAGAAGACAUUUUUAUCACUUCACUCGGGGAAAGUUAAACUUUUUAACCGAGUGGAGCGGGAAAAAACAGCGGAACCGACGGUUGUCUCGCGGUGAAUUUACUGAGGCAGCAGCGGGCUUCUCCUGGUGUAAAUGGCCGAGGGGGACCGACGGCUGACUGCGGAGGAACCCUACAACAUGUCGCAGUUUGUGGAGGUUUAAACCGGGACUGUAACCGCUGACUCUUUUUUAUUUUUUUUUUAUUUUAAAAACGAAAACCCACAUCUGAGUAUUAUCCUGUGAGGAGGGCUGCAGCUCCACGGCUACUGAGGUUUUGGUUUGUUCCUCCAGGUCGGAGCGAAACAGGACCUUCCUCCCUCCGUCUGUCCCCUCUUGUCUCUCAGGCCCGCGGAGACAAAGGCUGUCUUCUGUCUGGACGUCUGUCCGUCUGUGUUUCUGCCUCUGAUAAGUCUUUCCUGUAGCCGCCAUCAUUCCGUGCUGUAAGGCCGACCCCAAAAUGUCUUCCAAUGGAGACCUCAGCGACCUGGGGAGCUCUGACAGCUUCUGGGAGCCAGGGAACUACAAGAGGACGGUGAAGCGGAUAGAUGACGGCCACCGGCUGUGUAACGAGCUGGUCAGCUGCUUCCAGGAGAGGGCCAAGAUAGAGAAGAGCUACGCCCUGCAGCUGAGCGACUGGGCCAAGAGGUGGAGGGGCGUCGUGGAGAAAGGGCCUCAGUACGGCACGCUGGAGAAGGCGUGGCACGCCUUCAUGCAGGCGGCCGAUCGGCUCAGCGAGCUGCAUCUGGAGCUGCGGGAGCGUCUGGCGAGCGAGGACAGCGAGAAGGUGCGCAACUGGCAGAAGGACGCCUUCCACAAGCAGAUGAUCGGCGGCUUCAGGGAGACCAAAGACGCAGACGACGGCUUCCGCAAAGCCCAGAAACCCUGGGUCCGCAAACUGAAGGAGGUGGAGUCGAGUAAGAAGAGCUACCAUCAGGCCAGGAAGGAGGAGUGGACAGCAUCUACCAGGGAAACGCACGCCAAGGCCGACCCGUCCAAGUCUCAGGAGGAAGUCCGCAAAUACACGACCCGGGUGGAGCGCUGCAACCAGGAGGCCGAGAAAGCGAAGGAGCGCUACGAAAAGGCCCUGGAGGAGCUGAACCGCUGUAACCCGCGUUAUAUGGAGGACAUGGAGCAGGUGUUCGACCUCACCCAGGAGGCAGAGCGCAAGAGGCUGCGCUUCUUUAAAGACGUCCUGCUGGACAUCCACACACACCUCGACCUGUCCGCCAGACAAGGGUUCAGAGACCUGCACCAGGACCUGGGUCAGACCAUCCGAGCAGCCAAUGACACUGAUGAUCUCAGAUGGUGGAGGAACACCCACGGACCGGGCAUGAGCAUGAACUGGCCACAGUUUGAGGAGUGGUCUCCGGAGGCGAGUCGCUCCAUCAGCAGGAAGGAGCGAGGUGGACAUUCUGAGGAGAACGUGGUCACCCUCACCAACAUCGUCUCCUCGGGUGGAGACGACGUCCCGCCGAGUCCCAUCACCAUGGACACCGGCAGGGUGAAAGAUUAUUCGUCAGACUGGUCGGACGAGGAAAGUCCUAAGAAGGUGCUGGCAGUGAACGGCGUGGGGGAGGGGGAGGACGAGGAGGAGCAGGUAGAGGGUGUGCAAGUCCGAGCGCUCUAUGAUUACAUGGGCCAGGAAGCCGAUGAGCUCAGCUUUAAAGCAGGUGAGGAGCUGCUGAAGCUGGGCGAGGAGGACGAGCAGGGCUGGUGUAAAGGACAGCUGAGCAGCGGCCAGGUCGGCCUCUACCCCGCCAACUACGUCCAGCUCAUCACAUCCUGAUGCCCCGCCCUCUCCAGUCAUGCAGCCAAUGGUACAACUACACUCAAGAUGCCAGGACCAAUCAAAAGCUGUUAGUGCUGACAUGUAGACACGCCCCGCCCCCCCCCAGUCAGUUUUUGGUUACUGACUCUAAAACUCGUCACUGAGUUUGUUUUUGUUGUUUGUUUUUUUCUGUUGUUUGUUGUUGUGAAAGGCCGCUCGCUCAGCCCGAGGUCAACGACGUUCCUGUUUGAAAGAAGCUUCACAGGCAAAGAGAAAGGCCUGUGACCAUGACCAUGAACAGACAGUAGACUGUAGAAAGACAUGGACGCACGUUCUGUGACGUCACGCAUCAGUUUCUGCUCGCUGCCAUUAUUUUUGAGUUACUAAAGUCAGGAAAAAAAAGGACGGUGGAAUGAGCAAGGAGCAACCACAACGUGAAGUGAAUCAAACACACCCACAAAACAUGCUUCUUUUUAAAGAAAUACUUCAACACUUUGGGAAAUACACAUACUCACUUUCUUUUUGAGUUAGAUGAGAAAACCAGCACCGCUCUGAUAUCUCUCACGAGGCUGAAGACUAGCCGGGCUUAAACCCGCCUCUAUAGCUCAGUUUGUUUUGAGGUUCUGGUGGAUGGAGUUUGUCAUCCUUGGACAGGGCCAGGCUAACUGUUUCCCCUUGUUUCCAGUCUUUGUGCUAAGCUAAGCUAACUAGCUGCUGGCUGCAGUGUUGAUCUAAGUCAGUAAGUGUAUUUCCCAAAAUGUUGGACUGUUUUUUAAGCCUUAGUAUUCUCAUCUUUAAGAGAAGUAAAGUGAACGUCUCGUGGGGAAAGAAGUUGGGACUCUUCCGGUAGAUGUCAAAGCGGCUUUCCCUUUGAGUUUUCUUGGAUCUAGUCGGAGGCCGUUAGAGGAAAUGCGGCUAGAGGCUCCUCGUCAUCGUCGUCUCCAUGACGACAAUCGACGAGAUGAAAAGUCUGAGGCUGAAUCCAAAUGUCCACCUCCCGGACUCACGGACCUGAGCCCUCGCAGACUUCAGUCGUACGCACCGUGACGUGUUCACCGUCAUCACGUCAAGUCUGCGAGGCCUCAAACCUGUUUCACUCGUUGCUGUGGAAACAUCCAAAGCAACUACAGUCGUUCACACAGUGUGUCAUCACGCUGCAGGGCUUCUGUUGGCUUCCAUCACUAAAGGACGACAAUAAUACAAAUUGUGUUGAUUACCUCUGUUUAGAAAAAGUCAUGUCCAUAUUUCAGUUAGUUGUGGGUAAUUCAGUCAGUGAGGUCUGUACCUCAUCCAGAGAAAGUCUCCUCGAGGCCUCUUGUGGACCGGAUCGGUUGUGGCCCUCCACGUCCGCAAAGUCUGUGGGUCUGCAGGUGCGGUGACACCUGGACAUCUGGAUUCAGCCCGUCAGUGCCUUAGUCAAUGAGGCCAGAAACGUGCGGCGCCGCCCUGCUGUAUAAACUGAGGAAUUACAGCCGUCUGCUGGGUGAUGACCUGCUGAUGACCUCCAGUCUGACCCCAGUAGACACCUGCUGAUCUGCUGUUACCUGGACGUUUAAAGAGUUUGAACGUUGUGCAGGCAGCAGCUGAUCGCGCCUCCUCUCAGUCAUUUAGCUUGGUAACGGUUUAUUUUGGUUAUUCUGUAGAUUUUUUAGGUGUUACACUGAAUUCACAUUCUCUCCUUUGUUGAUUAUUUCUUAAUGUGGUAGCUGUAUAUUAAUAUUAAGUCAACUGAUUUUCAAUAUGGAUGGAUCAUUUUUUUUAAGAAUAGCAUUUUUACAGUCAACUGAAUGACUUUCUAAUUUAUUUUCCUUUUUAAUUUAGCGAUCGUUCUUCAUUUGAACUAGACUCACUAAAGCAGGCAGAGUUAACUGACUGUUAGAUUAGUCAUCUAACUUGUGGAAGGUGGUUUGUUGCUAGUUUGUUUUGCUGUGCAGGGAUCACAAAGCACACGCGCCUCAAAUGUCUAAAAUAAGUGACGAUAUUUUGUCCGGUUUUUGGGUUUUGCAUGUUACAGUUUGUGAUGUGUGUGUGCGUGUGUGAGGGAGCGUCCUCUGCUCUGCUGGUUGAGUGUCGCUAAAGCUAACCCCAUGUAGAUGUCCAAUAAGAGAUAUAAUAGAGAAAUUAACGCCGCUGCUCCUUUUGAUCUUUGCUUUUUCUCUCCAAAAUCAUGUACAGUUCAUAAAGUGGGAAGCAAUAAUAAAGAGCUUUCUACAGCU